AUGGAGGACUCAGAACUGGUCUUCUGGAAGGUCUUGUUCUACGUUGCCCUAGGCCUUGUGGGCGCCCUUCUCCUGGUUUGCAGUUGCCUGCUAGGAGGAAGACAUUACAAAGACGAGGCCAUCAAGGAUGCCGAAAAAUUCAGUCGGACCCUUCAACACCAGGCCCAGCUCUGGGAACAGGAACGUGACCGACGGGAAAGGGAGUACGAGUUAAGGCUUGAGGAGCAGAGACAUAAGAACGCCGCCUUUCAGCAAAACUCGGAGAUUCGGGAUGAUAUGGACGAUGUCAUGGAGGAGAACAGAGUCCUUCGUGAGCAGAAAGAUGCACUCAGCCAACGCAAUGAGCAACUUGCGCAGGAGAGUUCUCGCCUGAGGAUGGAGAAUGCGGGACUGACGGUACAGAUCUCCCAAGCCAAGCGGCCGGGACAGGAGGUUGGGCCGGGAUUCGGGCUUAAGUCUGGGCUGGAGUUGAGGCCGGGGCCGGAGAGGGUGGUGAGCGUGGUGAACGUCGAGAACGUGGAGCCGGGGCUACCGCGCAACCCCUCGUCGACGUUGUUCGGCUCAGGGCUACCCCCAGGAUCGACUUACAGCUUGGAGGCUGCUGUCCAAAACGGCUCAGAUAGCCCUGGGUCUCACUACUCGCUCCCGCCAACCUCAGAACCGGGCAGUCCUGAACGCACAGAGCUGCCUCCAUCCCCUUCUGACGACGGGCAGGACCCAAACAAGCUCAACCCUGCGAGUGGCUCCAAGCAGCGCAACACAUGGUCUGGGGUUGAGGAUUCGGUAUCAUCCCGCCCUGUGCAUGAAGGCAAGGAGUGGGAACCCGCGGCCCCUGGCCAGCGACGCUUAAGCAACUGA